AUGGUGUUUGAUACAGCAUCCUGUUGUGUUGAUCUAAACAACCAUGCUUUAAGGCGAGAGGGGAAGAGGAAGAAGGGCAGAGGAAGAAGGGCAGAGGAACCAGGGGAAGAGGAAGAAGGGCAGAGGAAGAAGGGCAGAGGAAGAAGGGCAGAGGAAGAAGGGCAGAGGAAGAAAGGCAGAGGAAGAAGGGCAGAGGAAGAAGGGCAGAGGAACAAGGGCAGAGGAAGAAGGGCAGAGGAAGAAGGGCAGAGGAAGAAGGGCAGAGAAAGAAGGGCAGAGAAAGAAGGGCAGAGAAAGAAGGGCAGAGGAAGAAGGGCAGAGGAAGAAGGGCAGAGGAAGAAGGGCAGAGGAAGAAGGGCAGAGGAACCAGGGCAGAGGAAGAAGGGCAGAGGAAGAAGAAGGGCAGAGGAAGAAGGGCAGAGAAAGAAGGGCAGAGAAAGAAGGGCAGAGGAAGAAGGGCAGAGGAACCAGGGCAGAGGAAGAAGGGCAGAGGAAGAAGAAGGGCAGAGGAAGAAGGGCAGAGAAAGAAGGGCAGAGAAAGAAGGGCAGAGGAAGAAGGUCAGAGGAAGAAGGGCAGAGGAAGAAGGGCAGAGGAACCAGGGCAGAGGAAGAAGGGCAGAGGAACAAGGGCAGAGGAACAAUAACAAAAAGGAGCAAAAGAGAUGCUCAUGA